UCUCACCUCUGCCAGCUCGCUCGCCCCAUGGCACUUCCCCCUGGGGUGGCACACUAAACGGGACGCAACCAGCAAGGGGCGGAAAACCCCAGGCCAGGAAGGAAUGGGAGCGCGAGCCCCCAGCCACUGAUUUGCUCUCUGCCCCCCAGGAGCCCCAUAUUCUCGGCCCCCCGGCUCUGGCUGGAGGAGGGGCGAGGGUCCUUUUCCUAAUGCACAUGUCGGAGCUGGAAUAAUCCCCGCUGCGGCUGGUGGGUGAAAUUGACACAAAAGAGCCCUGGAGGGUGAAACUGAGGCAGGCUGUCGGAUUUUUCAGCCAUUUCUUGCUGAGUUCUCGGGAGAUCUGAUCCGUCUCCGAUCAAUGCAGAGAGAGAUUCGCCAGCUGCGGGAGGGAAAGAGCCAGUGCGUGUGUGGGGCGGUGUAGGGGGGGACGGGCUGUAACCGGGGGCCCCGAACAAAAGGCAAAUCGGGCCACCAAGUAAGCCCCCCUCCCCCCGCACGCGCUCUUUGCAACCAAAUCCUGCUGGAGGAGCCAGGCUCUUCGGGAAUGCUUUGUGUCUGGCUGCUUUCGCUUUGGACUCCGCUCGGGAAGGAGAAAAAAAAUGGUGCAUGAUUCAAACCGGGAGAGAGGCGAUUUUCUGCAGCCUGAGGGGAGUGAAAAGUGGAAAGCUGGGGGAACGAGCGAUCCGGGUUUGCUUUCGCCCUUCUAGCUCUCCCCCAGUAUAAACACUCAUUUCCCCCCCUGUAGGAGGGGGAGAUUGUUGCCCGGCGAGCCAUGAACUGAAGCUGCUUCUUGGAUUGUUUGUGUUUUAAGUCUUCCGAGUGCCACGAGUGAGCGGCAGAUCCCUGGUGUUUGGAAAUCUCGCCGCCUUUGAGGAACGAGGUGGAGGCGGAGGGGCGCGAUGGCGUCUGGCUUUUCCAAUGGACCCGGUGUCCAGAACGAAGCGGAGGUGGUUCACCUCUGCAGGAGUCUGGAAGUUGGCACCGUGAUGACUUUGUUUUACUCUAAAAAAUCGCAGAGGCCGGAGAGGAAAACUUUCCAGGUGAAGCUGGAAACCAGGCAGAUCACUUGGAGCAGAGGGUCGGAGAAAAUAGAAGGAGCGAUCGACAUUCGUGAAAUCCAAGAGAUUCGUCCAGGAAAUAAUUCCCGAGAUUUUGACCGAUACCAGGAGGAUCCCUCUUUCCGGUCAGACCCGUCUCACUGCUUCGUUGUCCUCUAUGGAAUGGAGUUCAGGCUGAAAACUCUCAGCCUGCAAGCCACAUCCGAGGAUGAAGUCAACAUGUGGAUCAAAGGAUUAAACUGGCUGGUGGGGGAUACUCUCAGGGCCCCCACCCCUCUGCAAAUCGAAAGGUGGCUCCGGAAGCAGUUCUACUCGCUGGAUCGCAACCGAGAAGACAGAAUUUCAACUAAGGAUUUGAAAAACAUGCUGUCCCAGGUCAACUACCGAGUCCCAAACAUGCGGUUUCUGCGGGAGAAAUUAACGGAUGUGGAGCAGAGGAACGGGGAUAUAACGUAUAGCCAGUUCGUCCAGAUUUACCGGAACCUGAUGUACGACGACCAGAAAACGAUCCAGCUCCCAUUCCUGGAAAGGUGUGCAGAGAGACUUGAGCACUCCAAGGUGUCCCUGCUGGAGUUCCAAAAGUUCCUACUGGAGUAUCAGAUGGAACUCUGGGCUACAGACAUCCUCCAGGUUCAGGAGUUCAUGUUUAACUUUCUGAGAGACCCACUGAGAGAGAUUGAAGAGCCUUAUUUCUCUCUGGAUGAGAUACUCACCUUCCUCUUCUCCAAAGAGAACAGCAUCUGGAACUCGCAGCUGGACACUGUGUGCGCAGAGAACAUGAACAAUCCCCUCUCCCAUUACUGGAUCUCCUCCUCGCAUAACACGUACCUGACGGGGGAUCAGUUCUCCAGCGAGUCCUCCUUGGAAGCCUAUGCGCGCUGCCUGCGCAUGGGAUGCCGCUGCAUUGAGUUGGAUUGCUGGGACGGCCCGGAUGGGAUGCCUGUGAUUUACCAUGGACACACCUUAACCACCAAAAUCAAAUUCUCUGACGUCUUGAUGACCAUCAAGGAACAUGCCUUCAUGACCUCUGACUAUCCUGUCAUCCUGUCCAUUGAAGAUCAUUGCAGUAUUGCUCAGCAGAGGAACAUGGCUCAGAAUUUUAAGAAGGUUUUUGGGGACAUGCUUUUGACCAAGCCGGUGGAUAUAUCCGCUGACGGGCUCCCCUCCCCGAACCAGCUGAAGAAGAAGAUUCUCAUUAAGCACAAGAAGCUGGCGGAAGGAAGUGCUUAUGAAGAGUUGCCGAUGUCUGUAAUGUAUUCGGAGAAUGAUAUCAGCAACUCCAUAAAGAACGGGAUCCUCUACCUGGAAGAUCCCAUCAAUCACGAAUGGAAUCCGCACUACUUUGUCCUGACCAGCAGCAAGAUCUAUUACUCUGAGGAGACGACCGGCCACCAGGGAAACGAGGAUGAAGAGGAACCAAAGGAGGUGAGCAGCAGCACUGAACUUCACUCUACUGAGAAGUGGUUUCAUGGCAAGCUGGGGGCCGGGCGUGAUGGGCGCCACAUAGCAGAGAGGCUGCUGAUGGAGUACUGCAUAGAGACGGGCGCCCCUGAUGGGUCUUUCCUAGUACGAGAGAGUGAAACCUUUGUGGGAGACUACACCCUCUCUUUCUGGCGCAAUGGGAAGGUGCAGCAUUGCCGCAUCCAUUCCCGGCAGGACGCCGGCAGCCCCAAGUUCUUCCUGACCGACAACCUGGUGUUUGACAGCCUCUACGACCUCAUCACCCAUUACCAGCAGGUGCCUCUAAGGUGCAACGAGUUUGAGAUGAAGCUGACUGAGCCUGUGCCACAGACCAACGCCCACGAGAGCAAAGAGUGGUACCACGCCAACCUCACCCGGGCCCAGGCCGAGCACAUGCUGAUGAGGGUGUCGCGGGAUGGAGCCUUCCUAGUGCGCAAGAGGAGCGAGCCCAACUCCUAUGCGAUCUCGUUCCGGGCGGAAGGGAAGAUCAAGCACUGCCGAGUGCUGCAGGAGGGCCAGACCGUGCUCCUGGGCAACUCAGAGUUCGACAGCCUGGUGGAUCUGAUCAGUUACUACGAGAAGAACCCGCUCUACCGCAAGAUGAAGCUGAGGUACCCCAUCAAUGAGGAGACGCUGGAGAAGAUUGGCACAGCGGAGCCGGACUAUGGAGCCCUUUAUGAAGGACGCCAUCCGGGAUUCUAUGUGGAGGCCAAUCCCAUGCCAACCUUCAAGUGCGCCGUCAAGGCCCUGUUCGACUACAAGGCGCAGCGGGAAGACGAGCUAACCUUCAUGAAGAACGCCAUCAUCCAGAAUGUGGAGAAGCAGGAAGGAGGCUGGUGGAGAGGAGAUUAUGGGGGCAAAAAACAGCUGUGGUUUCCUUCCAACUACGUGGAGGAACUAGCCAGCCUCGGUGGCCAGGAGCCCGACAGGGAGCAGCUAGACGAGAACAGCCCCCUGGGAGUCCUGCUCGGAGGCACCCUGGAUGUGCCGUCCUGCCAGAUAGCCAUCCGCCCCGAGGGGAAGAACAACCGCACCUUCGUCUUCUCCAUCAGCAAGGCCUCCAUGUCGCGCCCAUCCAUGGACGUGGCGGCUGACACACAUGAGGACCUGCUGGACUGGGUGAAGAAGAUCCGGGAGGCAGCCCAGACUGCCGACGCCAGACUCUCUGAAGGGAAGAUGAUGGAGAGGAGGAAGAAGAUCGCCUUGGAGCUAUCAGAACUUGUCAUCUACUGCCGGCCCGUCCCCUUUGAUGAAGAGAAGAUUGGCACAGAAAGGGCCUGCUACAGGGACAUGUCGUCCUUCCCCGAGACCAAGGCAGAGAAGUAUGUCAACAAGAUCAAAGGCAAGAAGUUCCUGCAGUACAACCGGCUGCAGCUCUCCCGCAUCUACCCCAAGGGCCAGCGCCUCGACUCCUCCAACUACGACCCCCUGCCCAUGUGGAUCUGUGGCAGCCAGCUCGUGGCGCUCAACUUCCAGACCCCAGACAAGCCCAUGCAGAUGAACCAGGCCCUGUUCAUGUCUGGCGGCCAGUGUGGGUACGUGUUGCAGCCGGCCAACAUGCGGGAUGACCUCUUCGACCCCUUUGACAAGAGCACGGUGCGCGGGCUGGAGCCGCUCUCAAUCUCCAUCGAGAUCCUUGGGGCACGACAUCUUCCCAAAAACGGGAGGGGGAUCGUUUGCCCAUUUGUGGAGGUCGAGGUGUCUGGAGCGGAGUACGACAAUGCCAAACAGAAGACGGAGAUCGUGGCGGACAAUGGCCUGAACCCCCUCUGGUCGCAGAAGACCUUCAAUUUCCAGGUCAGCAACCCCGACUUCGCCUUCCUGCGCUUUGUGGUAUAUGAGGAGGACAUGUUCAGUGAUGAGAAUUUCUUGGCGCAGGCCACGUUCCCAGUGAAAGGCCUGAAGACAGGGUACAGAGCUGUGCCGUUGAAGAACAACUACAGCGAGAACCUGGAGUUGGCCUCCCUGCUUGUUAAAAUAGAGAUCUUCCCUGGCAAGCAGGAAAAUGGAGAAAUUAACCUCUUCGGUGCCUCAGCCCUCCGAGAACGGACAGGAGACCCUUCAAGUCAGCUCCUGACAAACCGAGCCCGGGAAGGGUCCUUCGACGCCCGCUACCAACAGCCAUUUGAGGAUUUCCGGGAGCAGCUAGCGGACCAUUUUGACAGCCGAGAGCGAAGGGUACUGCGAAGGACCAGGGUGAAUGGGGACAACCGGGUCUAGCCCAACUUCGCCUGCUGAAAAGCACCUCUAGUGCUUGUGAUUAUCACGGAACGCUGUGAACUGGUUUCUAUGGAAACGUCACUGCUUUGGCCUACUUUCAGGCAGCUUUUCCAGUUUCUCUGCUGGUGUGUGUGUGAGUGGAGAAAUUAAAAAAAACUCACCACCCGACCACCUU